AUGGAUUGGAGAGCCAUGGAAGGCGAAGGCGAUAGCACGAAAGCAAGCUCCAGCUCCAUACUGAAGAAACUGGAGCGUUACGUGCAGAUCAAGAAGAAGAAGAAGAAGAUGGUGAAGAGCAAGUCGUGGAGUGGGGGAGAGGGGCGGAAACCGGCCCCCACGGGCUGCUUCUCGGUCUAUGUUGGACCGGAGAAGCAGCGGUUCGUGAUAAAGACCGGGUUGGUGAACCACCCGCUCUUCAAGAUGCUGCUUGAGGAUGCUGAGCUGGAAUACGGUUUCAGCAGCGAUGGGCCCCUCCUCCUCCCCUGCCACGUCGACCUCUUCUGCGAGGUCCUCGCUGAGAUGGAGUGCGCUGACGACUUUGACCGCCACGGCCUCGGCUGCCUCAGCCCCGCGCGACGUCAUUUUCGCAGACGGGAGAUGCUCAGAGGCGGCAGCGCCUACGGACUCCUCACGCCGAUUAGAUCCUAUAAUUGA